CCAACAUCCACCAUGAGUUUUCAUACUGCACCCAGCCCUCCUAGGCUGGCAUCUGCUUCUUGCGAUCACCCAGAGCAUGCCUCGCUUCUUUUCUAUAGCCCCAACGGAGGGGUCCGUAUCAUCUAAACACUUAUCUCACUGUGUCGGCGAGAAGCAGCAACGGUCACUCACUCGAAGACGUAGCUUCGCGCCGAACUAUCUCCACACCCAAAUCGUUUCAAUUUCAACUGCCAACAAAGACUCGAAAGAUUAAAGCAGAACAGGAGGUGCCAAUCUACUCACUUUCAAGUUUCGAUCUCCCGCCGCCAGCAUGCUGUUCGAGUAUCUGGCAACCGAACUGGUCACACAGAUUUUCCUCUCUUGCUCUACCGUAACCGAGGUUCUCGCCCUUUCAUCAACCUGCCACCGUUUCCGUAACAUAUACACCUCAUCCCAGAAAUUAUACAUCCUCGAGACCGCCGCUGAAGCUCAGUUUGGGCCGUUGGAGGACCUUACUCAGCUCUUGACCCACAACGCGAGCCAGCCAGCUCACAUCAUACGAACCGUGCCAUUCUCGAUCGCUCUGCUUCAGCAAAUCGUACACGCUGGUCGCGUCGCCGAGAAGUGGUGCGAUCUAUACCCGUUCAAGAAGUGGAAGAACAAUUUCGAGCUUCGGCGGCUCCUCACGAGCGAGGAACAAUAUCGGUUGCGUCGCGCUGUGUAUCGUCUCUGGCUUUACUCGCGCGCAUUUCAUAAUCGCGAGCACCCGCGCGAAUAUCGCUCGACGAGGCUUGUUGUUCAGAAGCGUGCUCAAUUGCUGCACAACUGGUCCACACUGGAGCUGGCCGAGAUCGCAGAUGUGCACAACGUGGUCAGAGAGGUGGUUCACAGCAAUAUUUGCCCCUCAAACGGUACCAUCGCUCGCAAGUUCAAGAAGCGAUACCCCGACAACGACCAUCACUUGCUCUUCAACAUCCAUCUCAAUUACCCGCCACCAUCGCAUGCGCCGCCCGCGUACAACCCCUUUGCAUCACAAUAUUCGAACACUCUCUCGUCCCACUUCAACAGCACUUCUACGUACAACUCGCGCCACGCUGCGUCAAAGUACAGCCUCCACCCAAGCCAUGAGGUUGGCGCGGAGGGAUGGGGCGACGACAUCCCGCACUAUUACGUCGUGGAGGACAUGUUGAAGCUGGACCCGGAGCAGAUAAUGUGGCUGAAGGAGAACGCGCCGCUGAAGGGCAUGGUGGAGGGCUAUGUUCGGGAAUUGGGGAGUUGGUUCGAGAACAAUGGGGAGACUUGGGUGCAAACGCUGGAGUGGGUGUUGGAGGAGCGUUGCGAGGAUGUGAGCAACUUCAUCAUUGCCGUUUCGGAUGGAGAGGUUGGUGUUGCUGUUUGAUCGGGGCACCGACUUGCAUUAGUACUAGAGCAUAGUAUAGAAUAGCUUGCGUCAACUAUACGGCUGCUGAUGCCCAGAGGACAUGUCCACAUGGCCCGAUUCGUCG